UGAUUUAAUGAAAAUUAAUUAUUCGAAAAGAUAUUGUCAAGCACUAUGUUGCGUCUUUCAAUUAUUUUUUUCUUAACUGCUGUUGGAGCAUCUAUUGUGUUAUCAGAACGGGGUACCUGUCCCAGGAUUACUGGUAUUCCAGUUAGUUUACAAAGGCUACGUGGAAGAUGGUUUGAAUUCGCACGCAACCAAAAUCAUUGGGACAAUGGACAGAAAUGUGUAGAACAAGUGUGGUCUCUACCAAGACAUGGUGUAUCAACCGUUAUUCACAACAGUCUUUCACCAAUGACCAAUGAUUACUUAACAGCUGUUGCCGAUGUAAUCUUGAAAAAAGAUGUGCUACAGUUUGAUAUUCACGCACCAUUUUCAGGAAUUUUCAAUCGAGAAUUCAAGGUUCUUGAUACAGAUUACAAUAAUUAUUUAAUAAUGUGGGGUUGUAAAUAUUACGGAUCCAAUCAUACCGAGAACAUCUCAAUAUUUACGCGACACUCAGAUCCAGUUGUAGAUAUCGAUUAUAUAAUGUGGAAUGUAGCUACUAAAUACAAUCUCAUUGUCAACCAAUUGGCUAUCAUUGACAACCACAAUUGUCGUUAAAAUUUUUUUAUUACUCAAGUUGCAUUAUGAAGUGUAUGAAUUUAGAAAUGAAUAAAUAUUAUUCUAUAUCUUAAAA